UGAAACUUGAUCGUUAGUAAGUUUGCAGCUAUUUUUGACAGGAAAGCCAUGAGUGUUUACAAACUAUUUGGAACUUGGCUUUACUUGUUUCCAUCACUUUUGUUAAAAGUAUCAGCUAUUCCAGAGAGGAUCCCAAUUGAACUUUUAUCAACAAAUCAAAUGUUUGACAACUUUACCUUCAGUGUAAAUGAUGAAAUUAAUUUUGAAUCUUACAAUAAAACACUGAGUCUCUUCUCGGAAGAGCUUCUCUACUCCUUUCCACUUGGAGUUGUUGUACUUCUGGUUCUUGCCUACGGUAUAGUCUCACUGACUGCCGUUAUUGGCAACACUAUUGUACUUUGUUGUGUUGUUGGAUCGGUUCGCCUACGAACAGUGACCAACAUGUUCAUAGCCAACCUGGCAACAGCGGAUAUACUCAUUGGUGCCCUAUCGAUUCCCUUUCAAUUUCAAGCUGCACUCCUUCAAAAAUGGAUUUUACCUCCCUUCAUGUGCGCCUUUUGUCCCUUUAUCCAAAUUGUUUCCGUCAACGUUUCCAUUUACACACUUGUCGCCAUUGCAGCUGACCGUUAUCUUGUCGUUUUCGCUCCAUUACACUGUCGUAUAAAUAAGUAUCGUGCUCGCAUGAUAAUCAUCUUCAUAUGGGCAUGGUCAGUUAUAGCUGCUAUUCCAGCUCUAAUUGCUUUGCGAGUUCGCCUUGUACCUGACCUCGAGUCUGCCGUUGAUUCACACGAUGAUAAAUGGCUACGCUCAUUGGUCACUGGUAACUUGACCAUUCCCACUAGGCCUUCCUGUGACAACAUUGGAAUGUCGGAGUCUAUUUGGAGAGGUUACAAUCAAUUUCUCGUUGUGAUUCAGUACUUUUUACCUCUGGGUAUCAUCACAUUUGCCUACACCAGGAUGGCUUCCAAGUUGCAUGGUAACACUUCAGCGACAACAACAAGCCUGCAAAGGACCAAAUCAGGAAGCAACAAUAGACUACAGUUUACCAAUCGAGCAGCUUCCCUGACAGCAUCGGAAGGUCAAGAGAAAUCAGGUUCAAGUGGACUCAUCUCAUUGGACAACAACAAGUCAAGUCAUCAGGGUGACUCAGUUUUCAGAAAUUCUCAGCUUGUCACCAGUUAUCAUCUGACCACAGCCGAUGCCGAGUAUAUAGUGACUCACAAGAGAAAGGUUAUGAAGAUGUUGAUUGUUGUUGUCGCUUUAUUUGCUCUCUGUUGGCUUCCAUUGCAAACUUAUAACCUACUUAAGGACACAAUACCAGAGAUUAAUACAUUUCGUUACAUUAAUGUCAUUUGGUUUUGCUGUCAUUGGUUAGCUAUGAGCAAUUCAUCUGUUAAUCCUUUCAUCUACGCUAUUUACAAGAUUUCAUCUGAUUCAUCGCGCCAAGAAUAACUUGUCUACAAUUGAAGAGUCAUCAUGUCCGUCCUUGACUUGGAAUUGAUUAAAAUUGAUAAUAAUUCUUACUUGUUAAAUAAGCCAAUUUGUACAGUUAAAUAUUCAACAAAAGCAUUAAAACAAGAAAAUUGCUGAUAAUUAUUAU